AUGAAAGAGAACCGGGGGAUUCUCACGAGCAUAGUUCCUUGUGAGGAUAGUCCGGAAGUCCUGUCAACCACUCCGUACCUUCCUGAUAGUGGCAACAAAACAAAACGGCAAUACGGGGAGCUUUCUCUAGCACUGUUGUCAAAUUGCGUUACCAUUCUUUGGAGAAACGUCCUCUCGAAUGGAGGAUUUCCACCUGCACCCUCAAACCUUCCUUCAAUAUCUUCCCAAGCACCCAGCGACCCAAACACAUGA